AUGAAAUCUCACUCGGAACACCUCAGAAUCGCAUCUCCCACUUACAACGCAUUACUGAACAAACAACACAUCGAAUAUCGUCUAUCGAAUCGACAUUUCUACGUUAAGAGGUUGUUCAUCAUGAAGAUUUCCGCUUCGUUCGCAGCUUUGGCCUUCGCUCUUGCCACUACUGCCGCUGCUGGGCCAGCUGGUUUCAGCUCCCUUGAGACCGAAGCACUCGAGGUCCGCGCCAACGACCCAGGGGACGGUGGGGGUUGGUGCAAGUACAACCCCAACACCAAGCGGUGCUCGAUGGUGAACAUGCGUGGGUCGGGCAGUGCAGAGAUGCCGCCGCCUUACUUGCGAGAUGCUUCCCGUUCCUAUCCUCGACCCCGCAAACGCACCCGACGCCAACGAGAGCUAACAGAUCAUAUUUCCCGCGAUGAUGACACAAGCGACGACGACGGCGGAGGUAGAAACAGUUUGCCAGUAAUUUCCAACCCAGGAGACCCUCCAUCUACCUCCAUCCCCUCCUUUGACGUCACACUCCUUACCAUCACCAACACCAUCACGAAGACGAGCACGGCACUACCCCAGUCUACGACCUCUGAUUCUUUAAAUCACACGUCUACUGAUCCUGGAAUCCCUCCGUCGACUACUUCCACUCCUUCACCCAACAACACGGUCUCACCGCCUCCGCGAGAGGUGAAAUACACUUCUCUUCCCGUCGGCUCUAUCGUCGGGAUUGCCAUCGGAUGCAUCGUCGUUCUCAUCGCUGCUUCAAUAUGUUUUUCUGUUGGCGAUCCCUCCGCCACGAAGUUCAAAGAGCACGCUUCUCCUCUACCCCCUCCUCCCCCGAUCCAUACAUUGCACUCCGGCAAGUCAGCUACACCAUUUUCGACUCAGACACGGGGAUCUUCCAAUAGUUUGCUUGGCGAUUUGACGAUAUCCAAUGAAUUCCACUUCGAAAUUCUGCAAACCGUGCCUGUCAGGGAAGAUUGCGAAGCUUGGGUCCAAUGGAUCGAAACCACCUUUUCCGACACGAUUUAUAACACGCCAUCUGCCACAUUGCCUGCAUCAGAUACCCAUAGUAAUGCAAGUCAACGAAAUGACAAUGCGGCGACCGGGAUCCGAUAUUCAACCUCCUGGAAAUCUUCGACGAAGACUUCAAGGAGUUCCCAUUCCCUUCGGCGAUACCCGUCGACUCGUCUCGAGUCCCCGUUACCGCCUCUUCCUCAGGCUUUUGCUACCCGCGAAAGUUACUGGGAUAUGAGAGACUCGGAUUGUGCCGCAGAAGCGUCUUCGGACGGUGUAGAUGCAGGCCCUGGGCUACCCGCGACCUCCGUCGGAAGUCCUGCCAGUGGGUGGGUGAAGGUCACCAGGCCGGCUGUCGUGAGAAGGUCGGACGACCUCGCUCUUGCGUUGGGCGAUUCCAUUCGCGUUUUGGCGGAGUAUGAGGACGGGUCGGCGUAUUGUCUGAGGAAGAGAAACUUUUCCAACCGUCAAAUUUUUGCCUAUUCUUUACAUUCGGACGAGCGCGUCACAGAAGAGAAGAGGGACGACGUCUUAGUUGAUGACGACGAUGAUGACCCGGACGGUAAAUUAAUCAUCGGAAGCAUUGGAGUCGGCAUUGGCCUCAUCGACCCACCACCUACACAAGCAAAUCCCUACGCUGAUGACGACAGCGACGAUGACUUCUCCCUCGUCACCGUCGACGCCGCGGGGAACACAAUAACGCUCACGUCCACCGCCUUCGCUGCGCCAACCGAGGCGGCGUUCGAUCCAACGGAUACCGAUUCCAGUGUGUUACCAGGACAGAUGAUGAACCCUUCGAUGCCCGUCGAAUCCCACAGACAUGACGACAGAAUACAGUCGUCGAUCAUCGCUGCGAUUGUGCUGAGCUCCGUCGCCGUCGUUGCUGCGAUAAUCUUGAUCAUUUUCCUCGUCCGGAGGCGGCGUAUGUGCAGGAAGUGGCAGGGGCUCGGGGUUCCAUGCGAUUCAGACUACCCCCCGAACUACGACGCCGCCAUAAUGCCGCAACCUCCAGCUGGAACAUCCGCCCCGCCUCCUGCUGCACAGCUGCCGCCACAGGAAGGCCUGCGCACGUUUGGGCUCAGUCGACUGGCGAUGCCGUUUACGAAGACCAGGUCUGCGUCGCUCGGCACGAUCGCGGAGGUGUCGAGUACGAUGGAGAAGAACAUGCCUUCACCAGUGACUGCGAGAGGAGCUGCGAAAGCCAGCCCCUUGGCUACGAUUUUCCGUUUACCGAUGAGGUUUUGA